AUGACAUUGACGAGAUACCAGAUACGGAACGAGUACGGCUUGGCUGAUAAGGAUCUCUACCAAUCCUCCUCCGCCCACAAGGAUGAUGAUCCUGAAGCUUUUCUCGAAGCUGCAUCCAUGGCUGGACUCGUUUCAACUUCAGAGGAAGCGUUAACUUGCAACGAAACGCUUUUCCCUUCAAGCAUAGCAGAAAUAGAAGCUCUUCAUGCACCAAACCAGGAAACUUUCACAUCAUUAAAUGAUCAUAUCUCUGAGUCUGUUCUUUCCAUGGAUCUGACUGAUGGAGAAGAUUGCUUGGACGUGUCCCCUGAAUCCAUGCUUCCCUUUUCCAUGACCUUCGAUGAAACACCGCAGGCAGAUCCAGAGAUAACACCUCCGCUUCCGCCUCUUCCUCCGACACAAUGGUGGAUAGGGAAGCUGGUUGAAUCAACCGAAAUGCCAUCACUUGCAGGUAGUGGAAACAAUAGUUUCUACAUUCAUAGGGAUGAAAACACACAGAACGGAUCAGUUCAAGCGACCGAGGCACAGUAUCUAUCAGAAGCGUCGACUACAGAUGGUGAAAACCACAAUUCUCAUGUAUAUAGAGAAGAUUCUAGAGUGGAAGGCGUGUCAACUUGUGUAGAAACUACUCUGAAUGAACCAUCUAAAGCAGCUGAGGAACAGUCUCCUUCAGCAGUCAGUGGAACAAGCGACACCUAUAUGCAUAACGAUGAAAGUACACUGAAGUGUUUGAAUAAAAAAAUGGAGUCACCACUUGCAGAGGAAGUAUCAUUAGAAGCUGACUGGAGAGCUGAAGCAAUGGCACUCGAAUGGUUUAGUCAGAACUUAAGAGAGCAUAGCAAUCCUCACCCUGCAAAGUUAGAAGAGGAACCUCAGGUUGAUCGUUCACAUGACUCGCUUGUUAUUGGCAUUGACAGAAGCAUGUUGAGGAAAGUAUCUGAACAGAACAGGACACAAGUUGGAGUCAGAGCGGACGAGAAUGAUUCACUAUUGCAGAUCAUAAGGAGCAAGUCGUUCAACCUGAGACCAGCGGAUGCCUCGGUGAGACCAAAUUUUCAAGUAGCUGUUCCAAAAACCAACUUGAAGGUCGCUGCGAUUCUAGAGAAAGCCAAUACUCUUCGCCAGGCAAUGGCGGGAAGUGACGACGAGCAUGAUUCAGAUAGCUGGAGUGAAUGAAUCUAUAGAUGACAGACAGAGAGAUACACACGCUCUGUAUAGAAGAAUUGUUAGCAUUUUUUUGUUCUCACAUUUGUCUCCCGUAAUGUUUCCUCGUUAAUUGCUCUCUUCUACACAUUUAUAAGUCACACUGUCUUUUUGCCAUCUAUGUGUAGUACACCACCCAAUUUUUUUUUUUUUUUAAAGGAAUAAUUCAGUUGAUGUUAA